UCUAUCCCGUGUUUAAUUCCCACGACAAUGUACACAAGUUUCCUUUUUCUGAAAUAAAAUUGCGUACUUUCUCUCUCUAAAAGUCUCUCUCUCUCAACAGUUCACAGCCAAUCGUCCUUGGAUGGCAAAGCCAGGCAACAAGAUUAUACAAGCCAAGCUGGUGCUUCUGGGAGACAUGGGAACAGGAAAAACCAGUUUGGUAUUAAGAUUUGUCAAAGGCCAAUUUUUUGAGCACCAGGAACCAACUAUAGGAGCAGCCUUUUUCACUCAGAUAUUAUCGUUAUCAGAAGCCACUGUGAAAUUUGAUAUAUGGGACACGGCAGGACAAGAACGGUACCAUAGCUUGGCUCCCAUGUACUAUCGUGGUGCAGCAGCAGCUGUUGUUGUUUAUGACAUCUCAAGCAUGGAUACAUUCAUUCGAGCAAAAAAAUGGGUUCAAGAACUGAAGAAACAAGGAAAUCUACAUUUGGUAAUGGCAUUGGUGGCAAACAAAUCUGACUUGGAACCAAAUAGAGAGGUGGAGACUGAGGAAGGGGAGCAAUUCUCUCAAGAAAAUGGCAUGUUUUUCAUAGAAACAUCUGCAAGAUCCUCCCAAAACAUUAAUGAGCUUUUCUAUGAAAUAGCAAAACGAUUGGCAAAAGCCAACCCUUCAAAGCCUACUGGACUGAAACUGCGCCGUGAAACACAGAAUAGAAGACGACUAUUUUGUUGCUUGGGAUAACAUGCUUUUCUUUGUAAAGAUUCUGAAGGUGAAUAAUUAUCUCAAGCCUUUGUGACUUUCAUGUGUAGAUACUUGUUUCCAGAACAAUACUGUAUCAAUUUAGUCCAAAUUUCUCACUCAUCCUAUUUCUGAAAUCAGACAAUUGAUUUGCAUUCAACUAUUUCCAGGCAAAAAUUGGUGCUUCUAAUAUUUGUAAAGGUGGUCACACGAAAUCCAAAUGAAAUAUAAAUACUUGUUGUUUA